AGAAAGAAAUUUUGAAUUAGCAACAAAAUAAAACAAGAAACCAAAAACGAAACAAAACGAAAAAAAUGAGUGCAGUUCUAUUUUGAAUGGAUGGACAGAUAGGAUAGUGCCGGUUGGUUGUUAGGAGUGUGUGCCAAGAAAGAUUUCGGGCAAUUAAAGAAGCGCGUGGAGUGCAGAGUAAAAGUAGAAGAGAAAAACUUGACAAGAUGCAUUUGCGGGCAAUGCGUGGUGGCAUGCCACAGUUGCAGCCUCAGCAUUUAUCCGAGGAAAGUGAAAUUAAAAAUACAACAACCGUCAGCGAGAUCAAACGGCGAAGACAUAGAAACAAUCAAAAUGUCGCCGCAACGUCGCCCAAUCGGCUAAAAAUAAUCAGAGUCGACCAGAAGAUGGCAUCACUGCUGGUGAUACCCCUAGUAUUCCCGAUGCUACUGAUACUCUCUGGAUUAAAUGGAUUAACACAAGUUGCCGCGCUCAAGGGUGAAAAUCCACGCAUCAUUGAGCAUCCCAUGGACACGACGGUGCCAAAAAAUGAUCCAUUUACGUUUAAUUGCAAAGCCGAAGGCAAUCCAACACCAACCAUACAAUGGUAUAAGGAUGGACGCGAACUGAAGACGACGGAUGCGGGCUCCCAUCGCAUGAUGCUGCCCGCGGGUGGCUUAUUCUUUCUCAAGGUCAUACACUCACGAAGGGAGAGCGAUGCGGGCACAUAUUGGUGCCAGGCGAAGAACGAGUUCGGUGUGGCACGCUCCAGGAAUGCAACAUUGCAAGUGGCAUUUCUUCGCGAUGAAUUCCGCUUGGAGCCGCAAAAUACUCGAGUGGCCCAGGGCGAAGUGGCCCUGAUGGAAUGCGGUGCCCCGCGUGGCUCGCCGGAGCCGCAAAUCUCCUGGCGCAAGAACGGACAGACCCUCAAUCUGAGUGCCGGCAACAAGCGGAUUCGCAUUGUCGAUGGUGGCAAUCUGGCGAUUCAGGACUCCCGACAGUCGGACGAUGGCCGCUACCAGUGUGUGGUGAAGAAUGUGGUGGGCACCCGGGAGUCGGCCACGGCUUUCCUCAAGGUUCAUGUUCGGCCAUUUCUCAUUCGUGGACCGCAGAACCAAACGGCUGUCGUGGGCAGCUCCGUGGUGUUUCAGUGCCGCAUUGGCGGCGAUCCCCUGCCGGAUGUCCUUUGGCGGCGCACCGCCUCCGGCGGCAAUAUGCCUCUGCGUCGUGUGCACGUACUUGAGGACCGAAGUCUGAAGCUGGACGACGUCACGCUGGAGGACAUGGGCGAGUACAGUUGCGAGGCGGACAAUGCGGUCGGCUCAAUUACGGCCACGGGCAUCCUCACCGUUCACGCUCCGCCCAAGUUCGUUAUACGCCCCAAGAAUCAACUGGUGGAGAUCGGCGAUGAAGUGCUGUUCGAGUGCCAGGCCACCGGCCAUCCCCGGCCCACGCUCUACUGGUCGGUGGAGGGCAAUAGCUCCCUGCUGCUGCCCGGCUACAGGGAUGGUCGUCUGGAGGUGACGCUCACGCCGGAGGGUCGCUCGGUGCUGGCCAUCACGCGAUUCGCCCGCGACGAUUCCGGCAAGGUGGUCGUCUGCAAUGCCCUCAAUGCCGUGGGCAGUGUCAGCAGCCGAACGGUCGUCUCGGUGGACACCCAGUUCGAGCUGCCGCCACCCAUUAUCGAGCAGGGUCCCGUCAACCAGACGCUGCCCGUGAAGUCGAUUGUGGUGCUGCCCUGCCGCACGCUGGGCACGCCCGUGCCGCAGAUCUCCUGGUACCUGGACGGCAUACCCAUCGAUGUGCAGGAGCACGAGCGAAGGAAUCUCACGGAGGCGGGCGCCCUGACGAUCUCCGAUCUGCAGCGGCACGAGGACGAGGGCCUGUACACCUGUGUGGCCAGCAAUCGGAAUGGCAAGUCCUCCUGGAGUGGCUACCUGCGGCUGGACACCCCCACCAAUCCCAACAUCAAGUUCUAUCGGGCGCCAGAGCUCUCGACGUACCCGGGCCCGCCGGGCAAGCCCCAGCUGGUGGAGAAGGGCGAGGACUCCGUGACGCUCAGCUGGACGAGAAGCAACAAGGUCGGCGGCUCCAGCCUGGUGGGCUAUGUGAUCGAAAUGUUCGGCAAGAACGAGACCGACGGCUGGGUGGCCGUGGGCACCCGGGUGCAGAACACAACCUACACCCAGGCGGGCCUCGUGCCGGGCGUCAACUACUUUUUCCUGAUUCGCGCAGAGAACUCGCACGGCCUGUCCCUGCCCAGUCCCAUGUCGGAGCCCAUUGCCGUGGGCACGCGCUACUUCAACAGCGGCCUGGACCUGAGCGAGGCUCGGGCCAGCCUGCUGUCUGGCGAUGUUGUCGAACUGAGCAACGCCAGUGUGGUGGACUCCACCAGCAUGAAGCUCACUUGGCAUAUCAUCAACGGCAAAUAUGUCGAGGGCUUCUAUGUCUAUGCGCGUCAGUUGCCAAGUCCAAUAGUCAACAAUCCGGCUCCCAUAUCCAGCCACACGAAUCCGUUGCUGGGCCCAACCUCUGCCACAGCAUCAGCAUCCGCAUCCGCAUCGGCAUCGGCAUUGAUUUCGACAAAACCAAAUAUUGCCGCUGCCGGCAAACGUGAUGGCGAGACCCAACAGCAGCAGCAGCAGCAGCAGCCAUCGACAGCGUCGGCCCUAAGCACCAAAUAUCGCAUGCUGACGAUACUGAACGGCGGCGGCGCCUCGUCCUGCACCCUCACGGGCCUCGUCCAGUAUACGUUAUAUGAAUUUUUCAUUGUGCCCUUCUACAAGUCCGUGGAGGGGAAGCCGUCCAACUCGCGGAUUGCACGCACCCAGGAAGAUGUGCCCAAUGAGGCGCCAUUUGGCAUGGAGGCUCUGCUGCUGAACGCCUCUGCGGUGUUCCUCAAGUGGAAGGCGCCCGAACUGAAGGCACAGCAUGGCAUUCUCCUGAACUAUCACGUUGUGGUGCGAGGCAUUGACACGGCUCACAAUUUCUCAAGGAUACUCACAAAUGUCACCAUUGACGCGGCUUCGCCCACGCUCGUUUUGGCCAAUCUCACCGAGGGCGUUAUGUACACUGUGGGCGUGGCAGCGGGCAAUAAUGCUGGUGUCGGUCCCUACUGUGUGCCGGCCACAUUGCGUCUGGAUCCCAUCACCAAGCGUCUCGAUCCGUUCAUCAAUCAGCGCUAUCCCAUCAAUCAGGAUCAUGUUAACGAUGUGCUGACACAGCCCUGGUUCAUAAUACUCCUGGGCGCCAUACUGGCGAUACUCAUGCUGUCCUUUGGGGCGAUGGUCUUUGUGAAGCGCAAGCACAUGAUGAUGAAGCAGUCGGCCCUGAAUACCAUGCGUGGCAAUCACACGAACGACGUGCUCAAAAUGCCGAGUCUAUCGACACGGAAUGGGAACGGCUACUGGCUGGAUGCGUCCACGGGCGGCAUGGUGUGGCGACCCUCGCCCAGCGGCGACUCGCUCGAGAUGCAGAAGGAUCACAUCGCCGACUAUGCCCCUGUCUGUGGUGCUGUGAGUCCCGGGACUGGCGGCAUUGGUCCCGGUACGGGAGGCCCUGGCGCUGGUGCCGGCGGCAUCAGCGGCGUCGAUGACAUUCAUGGAGGACAUGGCAGUGAACGCAAUCAGCAGCGGUACGCGGGCGAGUACUCCAAUAUACCCACCGACUAUGCGGAAGUGUCCAGUUUUGGAAAAGCGCCCAGCGAGUACGGACGUCAUGGCAAUGCCUCCCCGGCGCCCUAUGCCACAUCCUCCAUACUGAACCCGAACCAACAACAACAGCAGCAGUCACGUUAUCAACAGCGAGCAGUUGGACCGGGCUCUGGUUAUGGCCUCCAGCGUCCCAUGCAUCCCCAUUACCAGCAGCAGCAGCAUCCACAACAUCCACAGCAGCAUCAACAACAGCAGCAGCAGCAGCAGCAGCAGCAACAGCAGCAACAGAUUCCCCCGGGCAACAUCUAUCAGCAAAUGUCGACCACCAGCGAGAUCUAUCCGAGCAAUACGGGCCCCGCUCGCUCGGUGUACUCGGAGCAGUUCUAUUAUCCCAAGGACAAGCACAUGCACAUGCACAUCACCGAGAACAAGCUGAGCAACUGCCACACCUACGAGGCGGCUCCGGGACCCAAGCAGACCUCCUCCCCCGCCAGCAACUCGUCGCAGUUUGCCAGCGUGCGGCGGCAGCAGUUGCCGCCGGGCUGCAGCAUCGGACGGGACAGUGCCCGCUUCAAGGUAAUCAACACAAACACAGGUCCGGGGGGUCCACUGAUGGAUCAGGGCAAGACCCAGCAACAGCAACAGAACCUGCUCGAUCUGGAUGGCUCCUCCUUCUGCUACAACGGGCUGGCCGACUCCGGCUGCGGUGGCUCCCCCUCGCCCAUGGCCAUGCUGAUGUCGCACGAGGACGAGCAGGCGCUGUACCACACUGCCGAUGGGGACCUGGACGAUAUGGAGCGGCUGUACGUGAAGGUCGAUGAGCAGCAGCCUCCGCUGCAACAGCAGCAACUUCUGCCCCUGGUGCCGCAGCAUCCCAGCGAGCUGCUGCAGCCCUCGCCACACAAUCAGUCCUGGCGCGGCCAGAGCACUCGAGGCAGCCGCAAGGCACCCCAGGAGUCCAUCAAUGUGAAGGAGGCCAGCGAGCUGAUCUACGCCCCCGGGAGUGUGGCCAGCGAGAGGAGUCUGCUGAGCAACACUGGCAGCGGCAGCAGCGGCCAGCCUCCGUGCCACAAUGUCUGACCCCUGCAGAGCGGGUCCAUGGGACAGCUAGGCAAGAUUCAGGCGGAGGUACAGAUGGUCCAGAUGCAGUCCCCAUCCCAGACCCAAUCCCAGGAGCAGUUGUAUGCCAGGGAAGUGCGCGAGCUGCUCGCUUGGUGCGAGCGCUUCAACAAUGGCGGUGUGGAGAACUUUGAGUAAGGAUAUG